GGAAGACGCUGUUCGGCUGCUGCCCGGGAAAAGACUCGGUGCUGAAACCUGUUAGCAUGUGGCUAACCGGUGAAAGUUAUUUCUCAGAACGUGAAUUAACCGCAUAGUUGUUGUUUUUUUUUCAUUUAAUCUUUAAAUUAACGCAAUGUCUUCAUUUUCAAAGCGCAAGAGGAACACACGGGACAUGAGGUGCGUGUUGUUUCCGGAGGACGUCAGGGAAACGUUCAUCAGGAGGGGGUCCUGCGAGACGCCGAAAGCCACGAAGUCGUCAUGGGAGAGAUGCGGGGACAGCUUCCUGGACACGCCCGUGAUGGAGGUGCAGGGCGACGAAUCCACACACGCUGGAUCUGUUCUGGAAUUUGAUAAGAAUGUUUGUUUGUUUUUUUUCCAGAAACAUGAUGCGACAAGACAGACGAGCAGGGCGGUGCAGCAGCUGGCGCAGACGUCCACAUUUGCGAGGCCUGGAUGCUCAGGAGACCAGGAUCCCGUCCACAUCGCCUGGACAUCGAGCGAGGACGAGCAGUCUGACAGCGAACGCCAGCUCCCGCUUCCUCUCACCUCCAGCACGAAGGCCAGUCGGAGAUCCAGACCCACGGUCAGAGCGUCCAGCAAAUACGGCCGCUUCCUCAACACAGCACCAGAUCCAGACGAAGUUCUGAGCAUCGAUUCAGAAAGUGAGCACGAGGACGUUUCGACUUCAAAGCAGCACCGUUCUGCGGUGACGGCCGAGAUCUCAGACUACUCUUCAGAUAGCGAUGGAGAUCCCGAUACCAGCCGGCUGGACUCUCCUGCUCAGGAGCCAGGAGCAGAGCAGCAACAGAAGUCCAUCAGCGAGUGGGUUCGAUCUGCUCAAGCGCUGCUCCAGACGCCUGCGAAGCAAACCACGAAGCCCUCAAAGACACCCGAGGACUCCGGGAAAAAGAAGCGCAAGUUUGAAAGUCAGGGGCUCGCUGAGAGACUGAACAGACUCCAGUGUCGACAAAAGUCAGCCGUCAGCUUCUGGAGGCACCAGCCAGUGUCCAGCAUGACGACCGGAACAGAGGAGAGACCGGGCGUGUUAGUGCUCCAUGUGCAGAAUGUGUGGGACGUUUGCGGGAUGCAGGCUGCACUGUGCCACGGACACCCCGAAAGACAGACGUGUGUCGCUCUAUUCAGCAAGGAAACAGCCACUCAUCUGGCACCAAGCGCCGGUGACACCAUCCACAUCUGUCCACCCUGGCAAAGCCUGACUGUCGACGGCGAGCAUCAUCCCAUCAUUCUGAACACGCAUUUCAGCCAGAAAGUUUUCCCCGAAGCAAAGCAGAACAACAGUGCGACCUGCUCAAAGGUUCUGCGCCCCACAAAGACCAAACCAUAUCCUUUAACCAGGUGCUUAUGGAAAAGGAAAGAGAUUUUCAAGUCUUCUCAGGCGUCUAUCCCGAAUAAACAGGCCCGUGGGAAUGCAGAAGGUGUGUUUGAUUCUCUCCUGGAGGCUUUGGAGGCUUGUGGGACCUCAGGGUCUGUAUGUGGUCCUGUGGAGGUGGUGGUCCAGAGGGUUUAUUUCGACUCUGUUGUACAGUUUCCUCACACAAGCUUACUCAGACACCGAGCUUUGAGUAAGUGUGUCACUGGGACAGCGCAGCAGCAAGAAAUCAGCAGGUGUUGUUUGCUGGUGCAGGACAUGUACGGUAUGUUCAGCGAGGUGGAGAUGCAGUGUGCGUCUUCAGAAGAAGAACGAAAAGACUUGACAGAGCAGCUGCAGGGAAAAGUGUGCCUGCUGCAGGGACUGAAGGUGAUCCAGCGCCUCACUCGUGAGAGAUGUGCUCAACUUUUCAGUUUGACUGACAGUUUGUGGCCUCCUGUGGUUCCUCUACGAGUUCCUGGAGAAGGUUCAUGCGAUCAGACCGUUAAAGUUAAAGGAGCAGCACCGAGUUUCUGUUACAGAUUAUCAGGACAGCGGGACUGCGUGUUCCCGAAAUCCGAGUCACCGCUGUACCGUGCUCCUUUAAUUCAGACGCUCAGAGCAAUCCUGCAGGACGAUCCUGCGAGUCGGCGGUGCAGCUUCAAGGGCACUUUGGUUUAUAAGAGAGAACAGAAUAAAGAAGAGAAGGACCUCUUGCUGUUUGUGACAGACUGCAGUCUGCAGGACGAGCAGAGCUCAGGAAGCCUGAGCAGAACCCUGCCUGUAUACGUGAGCUCCAUGUUCCUGCUCCAGACGUCAGUUCGUCACGCCAUCGCCGCGCUGUCACCCCAGUUCAAGCCGAGGCUGAUAUUCAGAGACGCUGUAAUAGAGCAGGGUAAGAUAAUUAUCUCGGGACAGUCUGUGAUUCAGCUGGACUCAGAACCUCGGAAUAUUUCUUCACCUCGGGCUGUUCUGCUGGACCAGCUGAGCCCCGAGAGCCCGCCCUGCUCCCUUUGCACCGUUACAGGAGUGGUGAUGGACGUCGAUGAGAAUUCGGCUUUUUCGUGGCCAGCCUGCGCUCGGUGUGGAGGCGACGGCUUAGAGGCCUUCGAAGAUCAACCAGGCGUGUUUUUAUGUGCAGCCUGCGGCGUCGUGGACAAACCAAGCAGGAAGAUGCAGCUCGAAGUGUUUCUCAGCUGUCCGUCUUCAACUCGCUGGACCAUCAAAGUGAAGGCAAGACAUCGAAACUGUUUACUCGUGGCGCAGAGAGACACACGUUAUCAGCUGCAGCAAAACUCCAUCAUGUCCCUCCUCGACUCGUCGACAGGACACGCAGAGGGUUACGAGGUGGAGGCGGUGCUCGGGAAGAGCGUCGGCCCUCUGAGCGCUUUCGUCCGCGCGGUCACCCGCUCCUCCGCCGUCUGGAUGGGUUUGGACGAGAUCACUCUAUGACCUGGGAUUACUCCUGUGUGUGUGUGUUACAAUAUGAAGUGUUUAAACAACUAGUGCAUGGGCGCAGAUCCCCAGGGGGGACAUGACCCCCCCCCCCCAAAUUUCUGAAAAACAUGAAUUGUCCCCCCCAAUAAAAAUUCCCUAAAUUAUUCAAAAUUGUACAAACAAAUGUAUUUUCAGACAAAUGAUUCCCUGUGCAGUACUUUUUAAAUGAUGUGGCGAGCCUCUACGAAGUUGUGAUUUAUGGUUGCAUGGAUGGUAUGAGUUGCAUACGGGCAAAAAAAAAAAAAAAAAAAAUCACUUUUGUGUCCUCUCCCCCCCAAUCCUGACAUCGGAUCUGCACCCCUGAGCUAGUGAUGUGAUGUGAAACAGUCUCCUGGGUGGUGUUUAAGGGUUUAGAAAUCGCUGUCAGAGGUGUAGUCUGAAGGUAAUCAUAAUUAUAACCAUAAAAAAAAAUUGGUGCCGUGUGUGUGUGUGUGUGUGUGUGAGAGAGAGAGUGAGUGAAAUUGUCUUCGGGCCCAAAUAAAAACACUUUUUGGUCA